CGUUUCGGUGCUCGGUCCCUAAUAAUCACUAGUUUAUUUUCUAGUUCUGUGUUCAUCCAGUCAGGUAUUUAUAGCAUGUAAAUUAGGAUUUUUAGACUAUCCCUGAACCACGUGUACAUGAUGCAUGACGUGACACAGAGGGAGGCGACAGUGUGAGUUUAAAAGGAUCAGUCUGUGUGAGAAAAUCUCUCGUGGCGAGGAAAUCUAUCAGAAGUUUUUAGGAGCUGUCAUCUCAGAUCCACAGCAGGAACAAUAAUGAUGUUCUGCAGAGCGGCUUGGCGAAGACUUGCGCCUCUGGCACGCAAAACACUCACUCCUCCUUUGUCCAGCAAUGCUGUAGUUCCCAUACGACAGAUGUCCUUUGGGCUGCCUGUGUCUGGCACUAAUAUGGCUUACGCGGUUCUUUGUGGAAGCUCGCUUACGGCUGCUAUUGUUUACGCUUAUAAGACUAUAAACUCUGACAGUGCAAGAUAUAAUGAAAGAAUCGCUCAAAUCGAGGCCAGAACAAAAAGUGAGGAGGGAGCAGUGGCCGAGGUGUCUGUUGCAGCAGAAGCAGCUGCAGUUGUUGAAUCCACAGCAUCCGAACACAUCGCUAUUGCUGAAACCACAGCAGUAGAAACUGUCGUAGAGGUGCUGGAAGCAGAGGCUGAAGAGUCUCCAGCUGAAUCUCUGGAAGCAGCAGUGGAGCUUGAAGCAGGAUCUGCUAUUGUACAGGCAGUAGUGGCUGAAACUGAGGAACCGGCUGCUCCUGUGGUUGAGGAUGUUGCUGCUGAAGCUGCCGUCGCAGAGACGACCGUUACUGCAAUGUCUGACCUAAUGAGUGCUGUGAAAAUCCUGGCUGGAUCUACAGUGGAGAUUGCAGCUGCUUCAGUUGGUGAUCAGCACUUGGUGACCGCAGUGAGGUUGUCUGAAGAUCACAAUACAGCAGAGAUCCUCAACGGGCUGGAGACUGUUGAUGUUAAAGCAGAAGACCCAGAACCUGUAGGAGAGGCUGCGAUAAAUCCAGCUGAUCUAAACACAGCAGAACAGGAUGAAUUGUCUUCAGCACUUCACCCGGUAGACAAAACAACUGUAGAGGUGGCAGAUGAUAACAAUGUUGACUCUGAAGCAAAUGACUCUCAUGUUGCUAAAAUUGAUGUUGAAAGCCUUUCUUUAUCAGAGGGUACAGAGAUGGAGAAUACUGUAGAAUUACUAGAGUCAACAAACCCUGUGGAAGUGAUGACGGCAGAAGAUGAUACAAUCUCUGGAGCUGCAGAGUCCAUGACUGAAACUGUUGAGGUGGUGCAUCAGAUAAUGGAGGAAUAUAAAGCAUUAUAUGAUGAUCUAGCUGGCACAGAAACAAAACAUACAGAUCUCACAGAACCACCAGACAUGGAGAUGUCAGAGAUAGUGUUGGAUGAAGUGGAAGAAACUAAACCAGCUGAAGCGUCGGAAGAAGAUGAUGAAAGUGGAAAAGUUACGAUGACCAUGCCACAAGCCUAAAGUAAAUGUACAACAGAACCUGGGAACCUGACUCUGGAAACUGAGAAUUUAUGUGAAGCCCAAAGAAUCCGCAAAAAAAUACAGUGAAACUAACAUUUACUGGUGUUUUAUAGCCAUGCAAUGAUGGAAAGUAAAAAGGUAGAAGUUAACAUCAGUCUAAAUAUGUCUGCACAUUUAGUCAAUGGUUUAAGUUAUAAUACUUUCCAUAUUUAUGAAAUCAUUUAAAACAGGAUUUGGGGUUAACUGUUAUUGUAGUCUCUUGAAAUAAUGUGCGGUGACAUUGUACUAUGCUGAACAUGUGCAGAUUUGUGGACACGUUCAUGUUUUAGAGUUGCAGAGUACAAAAAAGGUUUUUAUUUUAAAGCAAAAUGGGAUACACUGACAUAAUUAAAUGAUUAGCUUAUUUUUAAACCGGGGUUUAAGAGGAGGUUGGGCCCUCUGAUAGUAUCUCUAGGGGCCCCAAAAGUGCGUGAAGCCGUGAACCCAGAAUUUAAUUAAUAAGUCCACGUUAAAAUAACUUAUAUAACUUCAUUCAUUUUCCUCCAGCUUAGUUCCUUCAUGCUUUUAAA